AUGCCGCAUAAGACCCCGCAAGGGAGCAGCGGCAAAGGGCUACCAGCCCCUGGUCGGAAGAGGCACCUGAGCCCGACCGUGUCGGACUCUCAGUUUAAUCUGACACCGUCAGAUUCGGCCGACGCCUCCUCUCGCUCGGCUAGCUCUCCCCGCCUCUCAGCUUCUCAAGCUACUCCAGAGUGCCUUCAGCACUGCGGGUUAUUACCCCCAGGCUCGCCUGCUUCAGCCGACGGUAAUACCAACCGAGCGGAUCAAGCAGACACCGGCCAUCCAACACGUCGAGGUACCCCAAGCGUUUCUCACGAACCGCCGGUCCUUGAACCCAUGCAGGCUUUGCCUGUGAAUGCUCAGGUUCGGCCUCCUCCGGAGGUCCGUCCCCGCGAGCCCUACCAUGGCACACAUCGCCACUCGAGCCUCUCACGUGCGCCUGCUUCCCUCGGGGCCCCGCCCGGCGAGGAGACGUGGGUUUAUUCCCCCUCUCCGGAGGCGGAACAGGCUGUUUCGGGGGACGAGUCCAAUCUCGAUCCACCCAGUAGCCCGGCUCCCCAGCCGUCGGCUAACACAGCCCAGGACGCCAUGGAGAUCCUCCACAAAUAUCUCCCGCAUAUCUACCCGGCUAACGAGCCGUCAGAAGGAGAUACAGGAUCUCUUUUCUUCCCGCAGCAACGGAAAUACGUACGAGAGGGCGGCUGCUAUGGCCAGCUCGCCCGGCUCCCAGGGAAGAAAGCCGGUAUCCUUUGGCAAGGGCUUUACCUUCACAAAGGAUGA